UAUUAUUCGCCGCCGUUCGGGUCCAGGAUUCGACAUCCGUGUCGAUUGUAGAUAAUCCUAGCUCCGGCGACCGUUUCCACCUGUCAACGCCAAUCCGUUGCAACUCACCACGGCUCCCUCGGCUGAAGUCUGUUUGAAAUUCGGUUGGAAUYAAAUAUCAAUGCGCGCCCGAGCUAUGCAGUCCAGCACUCUCAGCACAUUCAGAUUUUUUAUAGCCAAAUUAACAACAUCAUGUCAGGAACAGUGAAGUAUAUGGUUAAAGACCAUUGUGCUAACUCUCAAGUUGUCCAUUCACCAACUAGAAAUUGUGAUGUUGUAAAUGGUGACCAUGGAAAAUCAGAAAUGAGGAAUGUAAUUGAAAAACAGCAACAAAAUAAGCCAAUUAGAAAAAUUAUUAGAAUGAGCGAUUUAAAAGAUAACAAUACUGAAAUCAUCACUGUUUCUCCAGAAUUCUUUGAUGACAGUUCAUCAGAGAUAAAAGAAGAACCUAUGUCAGAUUCAAGUUAUGAUGAUCUGGAAGUAAAUUGUGAAUAUCAAGAAGAUCCAGAGGUAAUUGUUGUCUGUGGUGAUGACUUGGAUCAAUCUAGUGGCAGUGACUUAGAAGGCAUGAGACAUGAAGACCUCAGUAUAAAAAAGCAUAAUGAAAUCAAUCCUUCCGAUGUUGUUGUAAGAACAGACAUUUUAAAUGAUUUAUUAGAAGGGCGUAUGACAAAAACUACUAAAAAACUUCUUGAUUCUACAAAGAUUUCUUAUUUGCCUAUGCAGCUAACUUCUAAUGAAUUUCGUUCUACGUAUACUAAUGAUAAAAGCCCAUUCAAAGUUCGACCUAUAAAAGCUAAUAAAKGUUUGAGACAUUUCUCCAAAAGAGUAUGUGAUAAGGUUAAGACUAAAAUGGUUACCACGUACAAAGAAGUGGCAGAUGAAUUAGUAGCUGAAUGUGUUGGUAACAGUGAUAGCCCAACCUUUUUAUAUGAUCAAAAAAAUAUCAGACGCCGUGUGUAUGAUGCCUUGAAUGUAUUAAUGGCUUUAGAUAUAAUAGCUAAGAAUAAAAAAGAUAUAACCUGGAAAGGGUUACCUACUGGAUCCAUACAAAACAGUGUAUAUCUAGUUCAAGAAAAAGAAAACCGCCUUGAUAGUGUGAAAAGAAAACUUUUAGCCCUUCAAGAGAUCAUAAUGCAAGAAGUAGCUAUCAAACGUUUAGUGAAACGUAAUCAGGAUAUGGAAAAUGAAUUUGGUCCUCCACCUAAUAACACAUUUGUCAAUUUACCUUUUAUGGCGAUUAGUGCAAAUGAAGAUACAUCUGUUGAAAUAGAAAUAUCAGAAGACCAAAAACAAUAUGGAAUGAGUUUCAAUGAUAAAUUUAGUAUGGUUGAUGAUACUGAACUUUUGAAAACUAUGGGUUUCACUUUAGGAUUGGAUCGUGGCGAAGUGAGCAAUGAAGACUUAAAGAUUUUGAAAACAUUAGUACCCAAAGCAUUUGAAAAACACAUUGUUAUGAUGGCUACUAAAAAUGGAGAAAUGUUUAACGAUAUCUGUAAAGAAUUUGAUGAAAAAAUUAGGUCUGCUGAAAUUGAACAAUCUCCAUCAAGGCCCAAUAUUAUUAAUAGAAGAAAAAAUAAAAGAUAAAUAAAAUAUUUAAGCAAUCUAUUUUUUAUUAUUUUGUUAUCAUGACAAUCAUCAAAAUAACUGUUGAAUAUGUAUAUUUUUUUCUGUAAAUAACUGAAUGUU